CUUUGGCCGCAAGCUCAUCUCGGUUGCCGCCCCGCCGGCGCCGCGCGGUGUGGGGAAGGCAGCGCACCCCGCCGUGGCUCCGCAGUCCCGUGUGUGGAAGCUGCGGGGGCGGGGCGAGGAAGAGGAGGACGAAGAGGAGGAGGAAGAGGACGCUGCAUUGUUUUCACUCUCCGGCCGCCAAGAACCGAGCGGGACUCCGCGGCGCGUACGUCGGCCUUCAGGUGCAGGAAAGCAGCGUCUCAGCCCGCCACUCGGCGCCGCGUGUGUUUGAGGCCCGCGUGGCUGGCAGCAGCAGCAGGAAGCAGGAGGAAGGACUCGGCGGCGGCAGAGUGGCAUUGAGGUGAAGAUGACGUCGGUAGCGGCGGAGUUGGAGCACAUGGAGAUCCAGCAGCAGUACAACAAUGAAGGCGUCAACAACCGCUGGGACGCCGACGACUGGGACAACGAGAACAGCUCGGCUCGCCUCUUCGAGCGCUCGCGCAUCAAAGCGCUCGCAGACGAGCGUGAGGCCGUGCAGAAGAAGACUUUCACCAAAUGGGUCAACUCCCACCUCUCCAGAGUCUCCUGUCGGAUCACCGACCUCUACGUGGACCUGAGGGACGGCCGCAGCCUCAUCAAGCUGCUGGAGGUCCUGUCAGGAGAGAGACUGCCCAAACCCACCAAAGGCCGCAUGAGGAUCCACUGUCUGGAGAAUGUGGACAAGGCUCUGCAGUUCCUGAAGGAGCAGAAGGUGCACCUGGAGAACAUGGGCUCCCACGACAUCGUGGACGGAAACCACCGCCUCACCCUGGGCCUCAUCUGGACCAUCAUCCUCCGCUUCCAGAUCCAGGACAUCAGCGUGGAGACGGAGGACAACAAGGAGAAGAAGUCUGCCAAGGAUGCUCUGCUGCUGUGGUGUCAGAUGAAGACCGCAGGAUACCCGAACGUCAACAUCCACAACUUCUCCACCAGCUGGAGGGACGGCAUGGCCUUCAACGCCAUCAUCCACAAACACAGGCCGGACCUGAUCGACUUUGACAAGCUGAAGAAGUCCAACGCUCACCACAACCUGCAGAACGCCUUCAACCUGGCCGAGCAACACCUGGGCCUCACCAAGCUGCUCGACGCCGAGGACAUCAGCGUGGACCACCCCGACGAGAAGUCCAUCAUCACCUACGUGGUCACCUACUACCACUACUUCUCCAAGAUGAAGGCCCUCAAGGUGGAGGGCAAGCGAAUCGGGAAGGUUCUGGACAACGCCAUCGAGACGGAGAAGAUGAUCAAUAAGUACGAGUCUCUGGCCUCGGACCUCCUGGAGUGGAUCGAGCAGACCAUCAUCAUCCUCAACAACAGGAAGUUUGCCAACUCGCUGGUGGGCGUCCAGCAGCAGCUGCAGGCCUUCAACACCUACAGGACCGUGGAGAAGCCGCCAAAGUUCACAGAGAAGGGCAACCUGGAGGUUCUUCUGUUCACCAUUCAGAGCAAGAUGAGGGCCAACAACCAGAAGGUGUACACCCCUCGAGAAGGCAAACUCAUCUCCGACAUUAACAAGGCGUGGGAGCGUCUGGAGAAGGCGGAGCACGAGCGGGAGCUGGCGCUGAGGACGGAGCUGAUCCGCCAGGAGAAACUGGAGCAGCUCGCUCGACGCUUCGACCGCAAGGCCGCCAUGAGGGAGACGUGGCUGAGCGAGAACCAGCGCCUGGUCUCCCAGGACAACUUUGGCUUCGACCUGCAGGCGGUGGAAGCGGCCACCAAGAAGCACGAGGCCAUCGAGACGGACAUCGCCGCCUACGAGGAGCGCGUCCAGGCGGUGGUUUCCGUGGCCAAGGAGCUGGAGGCGGAGAAUUACCACGACAUCAAGCGUAUCACGGCCAGGAAGGACAACGUGAUCAGGCUGUGGGAGUACCUGCUGGAGCUGCUGAAGGCCCGCCGGUUGAGGCUGGAGCAGACCUUGGGUCUGCAGAGGGUCUUCCAGGAGAUGCUCUACAUCAUGGACUGGAUGGACGAGAUGAAGAUGCUGCUGCUCUCGCAGGACUACGGCAAGCACCUGCUGGGCGUGGAGGACCUGCUGCAGAAGCACGCCCUGGUGGAGGCCGACAUCGGCGUCCAGGCCGACCGGGUCAAGAACGUCAACGCCAACGCCCAGAAGUUCGCCGGCGACACAGAAGGUGAGGCGCCGCCCCGUUUUCCCGUUUUGAGGGUGCUCACUCCUGCUCCUCUCUCCUCCUCAGGUUACAAACCCUGCGACCCUCAGAUCAUCAGGGACCGCGUGGCCCACCUGGAGUUCUGCUACCAGGAGCUCAGCCAGCUGGCGGCCGAGCGGCGAGCCCGCCUGGAGGAGUCGCGCCGCCUCUGGAAGUUCUUCUGGGAAAUGGCCGAAGAGGAGGGCUGGAUCAGGGAGAAGGAGCAGAUCCUGUCCUCGGAGGACUACGGCAAGGACCUGACGGGCGCCGUGCGGCUGCUGAGUCAGCACAAAGCCCUGGAGGACGAGACGACGGGGCGGGCCGCCCACCUGCAGCAGACCAUCAAGCAGGGCCAGGAGCUGGUGGCCAACAAGCACUUUGGAGCCGACAAGAUCCAGGAACGCAUCUUGGACAUCCAGGACCAGUGGGCGUCUCUGGAGCGACUCUCUGCUGUACGCAAAGCUCGCCUGCAGGAGGCGUGCAACCAGCACCAGUUCCAAGCGGACGCCGACGACAUCGACACGUGGAUGCUGGACGUGCUGCGCAUCGUCUCCAGCGUGGACGUGGGCCACGACGAGUUUUCCACGCAGGCCCUGGUGAAGAAGCACAAAGACGUGGCCGAGGAGAUCGGCAGCUACCGUCCCGUCAUCGACGCCCUGCACGAGCAGUCGCGCACGCUCACGCCCGAGAAGGCCGGCUCCGAGGAGGUCCGCAGCCGUCUGGCGGGCAUCGAGGAGCGCUACAAGGAGGUGGCAGAGCUGACGCGCCUGAGGAAGCAGGCGCUGCAAGACGCGCUGGCGCUGUACAAGAUGCUGAGCGAGGCCAGCGCCUGCGAGGUGUGGAUCGACGAGAAGGAGCAGUGGCUCAACAGCAUGGACAUCCCCGAGAAGCUGGAGGACCUGGAGGUGGUCCAGCACCGCUUCGAGAGUCUGGAGCCGGAGAUGAACAGUCAGGCGUCCCGCGUUGCCGUCGUCAACCAGGUUGCUAGGCAACUCAUCCACAGCCAACACCCCGGUGAGAAGGAAAUCAAGUCCCAGCAGGACAAGCUCAACACCAGGUGGAGUCAGUUCCGAGACCUGGUGGACCAGAAGAAGGACAGUCUGAGCUCCGCUCUGGGAGUCCAGAAUUACCACCUGGAGUGCAAUGAAACCAAGUCGUGGAUCAAAGAGAAGACCAAGGUCAUCGAGUCCACCCAGGAGCUGGGUAACGACCUGGCGGGCGUCAUGGCGCUGCAGAGGAAGUUGACGGGAAUGGAGCGGGACCUGGCCGCCAUCGAGGACAAGCUGGGCGACCUGGGAAAAGAGGCAGACCGUUUGGGCUCGGAGCACACGGAGCAGUCUGAGGCCAUCAAGGGACGCCUGGCGGAGAUCACGGGCGUGUGGGAGGAGAUGAAGGACACCAUGAAGAACCGGGAGGAGUCUCUGGGCGAGGCCAGCAAGCUGCAGCAGUUCCUGCGCGAGCUGGACGACUUCCAGUCGUGGCUGUCGAGGACGCAGACGGCCAUCGCCUCCGAGGACAUGCCCAACACGCUGGCGGAGGCCGAGAAGCUGCUGACCCAGCACGAGGGCAUCAAGAACGAGAUCCGCAACUACGAGGAGGACUACCAGAAGAUGCGCGACAUGGGCGAGAUGGUGACGCAGGGCCAGACGGACGCGCAGUACAUGUUCCUGCGCCAGCGGCUCCAGGCGCUGGACACCGGCUGGAACGAGCUGCACAAGAUGUGGGAGAACCGCCAGAACCUGCUGUCCCAGUCCCACUCCUACCAGCUCUUCCUCAGGGACACCAAGCAGGCCGAGGCCUUCCUCAACAACCAGGAGUACGUCCUGGCCCACACCGAGAUGCCCACCACCCUGGAGGGCGCCCAGGCCGCCAUCAAGAAGCAGGAGGACUUCAUGACCACCAUGGACGCCAACGAGGAGAAGAUCAGCGGCGUGGUGGACACCGGCCGCCGCCUGGUCACCGACGGCAACAUCAACACCGAGCGCAUCCAGGACAAGGUGGACUCCAUCGACCAGCGGCACCAGAAGAACCGAGCGGACGCCAACGAUCUGCUGAUGAGGCUGAAGGACAACAGAGACCUCCAGAAGUUUCUGCAGGACUGCCAGGAGCUGUCCUUGUGGAUCAACGAGAAGAUGCUGACAGCUCAGGACAUGACCUACGACGAGGCCCGCAACCUUCACAGCAAGUGGCUCAAACACCAGGCCUUCAUGGCCGAGCUGCAGUCCAACAAGGAGUGGCUGGACAAGAUCGAGAAGGACGGCAAGGCGCUAAUGGCGGAGAAGCCCGAGACGGAGGCCAUGGUUCGAGAGAAGCUGGCGUCGCUGAAGAAGAUGUGGGAGGAGCUGGAGUCCACCACGCAGACCAAGGCCAAGUGUCUGUUUGACGCCAACAAGGCGGAGCUCUUCACGCAGAGCUGCGCCGACCUGGACAAGUGGCUGGCCAACCUGGACGGGCAGCUGCAGUCCGACGACUACGGCAAAGACCUGACCUCGGUCAACAUCCUGCUCAAGAAACAGCAGAUGCUGGAGAGCCAGGUGGAGGUGCGCCAGAAGGAGGUGCAGGAGCUGCAGAGUCAGUCGCAGGUGCUCAGUCAGGAGGGCAAAGGCUCGGAGGAGGUGGACGGUCAGAGGAUGGGCGUGGAGAAGAAGUUCUGCUCUCUCCAAGCGCCGCUGCAGAGCCGCCGGGAAAACCUCAUGUCCUCACGCGAGAUCCACCAGUUCAACCGCGACGUGGAGGAUGAGAUUCUGUGGGUGGAGGAGAGGAUGCCUGUGGCCACCUCCACAGACCACGGACACAACCUUCAGACCGUCCAGCUGCUCAUCAAGAAGAACCAGACCCUGCAGAAGGAGAUCCGGGGCCACCAGCCGCGCUACGACGACAUCUUCCAGCGCAGCCAGCACAUCCUGAGGCAGGACCGGCCCACCACCGAGCUCAUCCGCCGGCGUCUGGCCGAGCUGCAGGCGCUGUGGGAGCAGAUCCGCAAGGAGACGGAGAAGCGCCACUCCCGCCUGAGCGAGGCCCACGAGGCUCAGCAGUACUACUUUGACGCCGCCGAGGCCGAAGCCUGGAUGAGCGAGCAGGAGCUCUACAUGAUGUCUGAGGAGAAGGCCAAGGACGAGCAGAGCUCGGUGGCCAUGUUGAAGAAGCACCAGAUUCUGGAGCAGGCGGUGGAGGACUACGCAGACACCGUCCACCAGCUGUCCAGCACCAGCCGAGGUCUGGUGGCUGCCGAGCACCCCGACAGCGAGCGCAUCGGGAUGCGUCAGUCGCAGGUGGACAAGCUCUACGCCGGCCUGAAGGAUCUGUCGGAGGAACGUCGAGGGAAGCUGGACGAGCGCUUCCGUCUCUUCCAGCUCAACAGGGAAGUGGACGACCUGGAGCAGUGGAUCGCGGAGAGGGAAGUAGUCGCCGGCUCGCACGAGCUGGGCCAGGACUACGAGCACGUGACGAUGCUGCAGGAGCGCUUCCGAGAAUUCGCCCGCGACACGGGCAACAUCGGCCAAGAGCGCGUGGACGGCGUCAACCGGCUGGCGGACGAGCUGAUCAACGGCGGCCACGGCGACGCCGCCACUGUCGCCGAGUGGAAGGACGGCCUGAACGAGGCCUGGGCCGACCUGCUGGAGCUCAUCGACACACGCACGCAGAUCCUGGCCGCCUCCUUCGAGCUGCACAAGUUCUACCACGACGCCAAGGAGAUCCUGGGACGCAUCCUGGACAAGCACAAGAAGCUCCCCGAGGAGCUGGGCCGCGACCAGAACACGGUGGAGACGCUGCAGAGGAUGCACACCACCUUCGAACACGACAUCCAGGCUCUGGGCACGCAGGUGCGACAGCUUCAAGAAGAUGCAGUCCGCCUGCAGUCUGCCUACGCUGGAGAUAAGGCUGACGACAUCCAGAAGAGAGAAGGAGAGGUUCUGGAGGCCUGGAAGAACCUUCUAGAAGCAGUAGAAGGCCGUCGUGGAAAGCUAGUAGACACAGGAGACAAGUUCCGUUUCUUCAGUAUGGUGCGAGACUUGAUGUUGUGGAUGGAGGAUGUCAUCAGACUCAUCGAGGCUCAGGAGAAACCACGGGACGUGUCGUCGGUGGAGCUGCUGAUGAACAACCACCAGGGCAUCAAGGCGGAGAUCGACGCCCGCAACGACAGCUUCACUUCCUGCAUCGAGUUGGGCAAGUCCCUCCUGGCCAGGAAGCACUACGCGUCUGAGGAGAUCAAAGAAAAGUUGCUGCAGUUGACGGACAAGAGGAAAGAUAUGAUUGACAAGUGGGAGGACCGAUGGGAGUGGCUUAGGCUGGUCUUGGAGGUGCACCAAUUCUCGCGGGACGCGGGCGUGGCCGAGGCGUGGCUGCUGGGCCAGGAGUCGUACUUGUCCAGCCGCGAGAUGGGACAGAACGUGGACGAGGUGGAGAAGCUCAUCAAGCGCCACGAGGCCUUCGAGAAGUCCGCCGCCACCUGGGAGGAACGCUUUGCGGCGCUGGAGAGGUUGACCACGAUGGAGUUGUUGGAAGUGCGAAGAACGCAAGAAGAGGAAGAGAGGAAGAACCAACCCCCCGCUGAGGCUCCGCCUUCUCAGGACGCCACGCAGCACCGAGAGGGGGAGCAGCCGAGUCACAACGGGCUGGCGUCUGAGCAGGACUCUCCCAGGGACGGCGAAGGCGGCGACGUGGUGAACGGCGUGUCGGAGCCCAGCCCCACGGGUUCCCCCGGGGCGUCUCGCGGGGGCAAGGCCAGCCUGGCGGCGACCCUGCCGGCCAAGAGUCAGCAAGAGGGGCCGGCGUCGCAGCUGGAGGGCUUCCUGCACCGCAAGCACGAGUGGGAGGGGCAUAACAAGAAGGCGUCUAGCAGGUCGUGGCAUCACGUCUACUGCGUGAUCAACCAGCGAGAGAUGGGCUUCUACAAGGACCAGAAGAGCGCCAGUCAGGGCGUGCCGUACCACAGCGAGAUCCCCGUCAGCCUCCAGGACGCCGUCUGCGAGGUGGCGCUUGGCUACAAGAAGAAGAAACACGUCUUCAAACUCAAAAUCACUGACGGUAACGAGUAUCUCUUCCAAGCCAAAGAUGACGAGGAAAUGAACUCGUGGAUCUCCAUCAUCUCGGCGGCCAUCUUGGGCGAGAAGACGGAGGUGACGCCCAGCAGCCAUAGCACGCCGGCGCCCGCCGCACGCGCUCAGACGCUGCCGGCCUCGGUCACCACAGCGACCGCGGCGCCGCCGGCCGAGUCGAGCCCCGGCAAGCGAGAGAAAGACAAAGAGAAACGCUUCAGUUUGUUCAGCAAGAAGAAAUAAACGCUCCUCCUUACUUCCUCUCCUACUUCCUGUCCUCCCUCCUGUCCUACUUCCUGUCCUCCUCCUCCUCCCUUGGUGCUGAUUGGCUACGUCCCUCGUCAUGACCACAUGUUGCAUGAGGGCUGUUACCAUAGCAACUAAACACUUCACUCCAUUAAAGUUCAAUAAUAGUCACUUUACAACCUGCAACUAUCUGGACGCUUUCCUAGUCCCCCUUAGUCCAUCCUGGUCCCUCCCAGUCUUUCCUAGUCCCCCUUAGUCCAUCCUGGUCCCUCCCAGUCUUUCCUAGUCCCCCUUAGUCCAUCCUGGUCCCUUAUAGUCUUUCCUAGUCCCCCUUUCUCCAUCCUGGACCCUUAUAGUCUUUCCUAGUCCCCCUUUGUCCAUCCUGGUCCCUUCGAGUCUUUCCUAGUGCCCCUACUUGUCCCUCCUAAUCCCUCCCAGUCCAUCCUUGUCCCUCCCAGUCUUUCCUGGUCCCUCCUAAUCCACCCUGGUCCCUCCCAGUCUACCCUGGUUCCUCCCAGUCUUUCCUGGUCCCUCCCAGUCCACCCUGGUCCCUCCCAGUCCCUCUUGGUCCCUCCAUUUCCCUCCCAGUCUUUCCUGGUCCCUCCCAGUCUUUCCUGGUCUCUCCUAGUCCCUCCCAGUCUUUCCUGGUCCCAGCAUGCCAGCUCAAGCCAUAGGUCUCCACUCUGUGCCUAGUGACCGCCCAGUCCGGCUCAGAGGUCCAGUCCCGGUGUAGACCAGGUCCAGUCUGGCGUGCACGUUGAAGGCUCUCCUCUCUUAGCGUCUCUUAGAGUCGUGGUUUUUCCCGCCUUUCCUUUUCCCCGCCUCUUCCUCGGCUUCUGGUCCAACGCUGCCUUCGGAUUGGUCGCCCCCCCCCCCCUUCCUCUUGGAGGAAGUCGACGCCUACUUCCUGUUUGGCGGCGCUAGGGGGCGACGGCGAGCUGAGAGGCGUAUGUAAAGUUGUGUAUAAGAAAUAAUCUCACGUGUUCUUAGUGCUACUAACUGCUUGGUGGAGACAAGAUGUCUUCCAAAUGUACGCCGGCCUCUUUUCUUCUCGUCACUCACGCGCUAGAAGGUCCUAGAACACUAGCGCGGCGCUCGCUUGCUCGUGGGUUGCUUUUGUAGCUUGGUGUGUUCGUCCACAGGUGACCACGCCCAGCUCCUCUGCAUGGAAACUCAACAGCCAAUGAGAGCGAGCCUUUGUUUGGGCGCGUUUGUUUUCCACACCUCCACCACGUUCUCCUUUUUUCUUUCUUUUUUUUUUCUUUUUUCUUUUUCUCUCCGACGUUUUUGCAAAGCGUAGUGCGCUCGCUCACUGUUACCAUAGUAACCACACAAUCAAUAAAGCCACGACGGGGGCGGGGGCGGGUGGGUGUGACGGGGACGCGAGGGUCACUGCUGAUUGGACGUGCACCUGUAGACUCCUCCCCCUUCCUCCUCCCCCCUCCCCCCUCCCCUCUGUCUGUUACAUUUGUGCAAAAAAAA